GGAAAGGAACUGCAGACAUACAGGAACGACCCUGUGCCCGCCUUGCCCUCACACGGGGGGUGCAGCGUUGGUUGCGGCGGCAUCUGGGGCAGCAGCUAUCAAGGCCCCCAUUCCCGCAGUAGCAGUGGAGCCUCUGCGCAAUCACGCCAGGAUCAGCGGUACUGCGGUAGACCCAGAAGCACGAGGAGCGAGCAGGUAGGCACAAGAGGAGGCCGGCAGGCUGUUCGACGUGUCAAACGACGUCGUGUCGCACAGAGCAGACAUGUCCAGCUUCGCUGUGGCGCUGUGGGUGAUGCUAACUGGACAACAGCCCUGGAAGGACUGGAGCAUGGUCGCCAUCACCUACAACAUUACCCGUGGAGCUCGGCUUCCCCUGGACGGGGUGGACCUGCAGCGCUGCCCACCAAAGUUGAAGCGGUUGAUCACGGCCUGCUGGGAGGCCGAUCCGCUGCGCCAGCCCGCAGCCGCGGAGGCGCUAAAAGAGCUGCUGCUCGUUCACGAGCAGGUCGCAAUGGGUGCACGGGGCGCUGCCGUGUCAUGCCUCGGCGUAGCCAGCGCCCCACUUCUUGCCCCUGUGUCGGCGUCUUCGGCUGCUCCGGCCAUAGUGGCUGCUGCUGAGGCGGAGGCGGCGAACCCCGUCGGGCUAAUAGAGACCACCAUUUACCUAGAAAUGCCAGGCUUUGCCCCCUCUGCAACAAAGGAGUAGAGGAUGAACGGCAUGUUUUACUUGAGUGUGAAGCGUACACGUGUGUCAGAUCAACGUACGGUAUCAGCUCUGAUUCAAUGAAGCGGGUUAUGCAAGGUGCUGACCAAUUUAAGUUGGCUUGCUGCGUACGUGAUAUUUGGUCUAAGCGCUGUCUUUUGAUUAGGCAGCACCACGACGGUGCACACGGUGUGCAAGACGCAACUAAAAAUCCAGUUCCAGGAGACGAGGGGCCCUUGCGGCUCGGUUAGUCUCGUUGCAGGUAUUAGGAAUGCACACUUCCCAUCCUGUAACACACACACACA